GCACAAGUGGUGCGCAGUGCUGACGCGCUUAAACACGUUUGAUUUUCUGUUUAUUGUCAUGUUAAACAUUUUCGGUUGCUUGACGACAAUAAUGCACAAUACAUCCGUACAGCGACGACAGACGCGAAAAGAGGCUGAGCAACAUUACUCUGUUACCUGUAUAGCUUUCAAACAUAAAAUCGGCGCAGGACCCGCUGCUUUUCUAAACGGCGACAUCAGCAAACCGCUGCAUCUUGGGAACUUCUUAACAAAACAGACCCAUUUCACAGCUCGUUUAGGCUGUUUGAUAUCAGGAUUUAUGCACAUCUUUGAAAUAAGGCGACAUCAUAAUACGCGGACAUUGCAGGUCGUAACUCUAUAAAUCACACGCGAUGAGAGAGUAUUAUGGUUCCUUUGUUUGUAAAAGGUGAUGAUAAAAUAAAAGCAGCUAUCAGAUAGGCUAUAAUGUCUGUGGUAGCUGGAGAACUUGGCACUGAAGAGGAGGUAGAGGAUCUGGCAGAGGACAGUCUAUGUAGCAGCUAUGUGUCCGACACUGAAAAGCAGCCAAGAAAAAAGAAAGUUUCUGGCAGACCACCUCCUUCUCCUAAGUCGCCAUAUCUGAACAGUGCAAACUUGCAUAUGAAGAGAGCUCCAGCUGCAUCAUGUAGGACGAUGAAGGGGUUGCAGCUCCAAAACUGUAAAACCCCUCCAGCUGCUCCACACAGAGACGUCUGGCUGCACUUACAGGAUGAUGGACAUGGGUCAUUGUCAAAAUCUCCAAAAGUCAUGGAUUGCAGUGUCACACAGAGCAGCAUUAGCAGUGCCAGAACACCGGAAUACUUGAAGGAGGCCUUAGGAAUGAAAAAGCCCAAAUAUUCCCGCUCCGCAUCUAACGGUUACGUUCCAGGGACCCCAGACUACAAAGACAAGGAGGAGAUGUAUGAUGAAAUAAUCGAUCUAAAAAAGACCAUCCAAACCCAAAAAGCUGAAUCAGACAAGUUGAGAGCUAAGCUGCGGCGUUUUGAAGAAGAAAACUGUAAGAAAGACAGGCAAAUCGAACAGCUGCUGGACCCAGCCAAGGACCCAGAGUAUGCUCGGAGUUUAGUGGACAGAAAGACCGAUCCUAGAUCAAUUAUUAAUGGACUGAAACAGAGGAUUCUGCGACUGGAGCAGCAGUGCAAAGAGAAAGAGAAUGCCUUGAGUCAGCUUCAGAGUGACCACAAAACUACUAACAUGCAGGAAAUGAAGAUCACUGUUGAAACCUAUUUUGAAGAGGUUCAAAGAUUGCGCACACUGUUAGAUUCAGCUGAGAGAAGUAAUAAGGCUGAGAGCAAAGAGAGCAGAAGGCAGAACAAGACUCUUAGUACCACAGUUCUGAGACUCACAAAGACUGUUCAACAACUGGAGGAAGAGAACCAGGAACUCAAAAAAGAAUUGACCCAGGAAGAGAUGAGCAUGACGGACAGCCCUGCAUGCAGAGCCAAGGGUUAUAUGGAUUGGAGUAAACAGAGACUUGUGCGACGAAUCCUGGAGCUUGAAAAGAGAUUGGAAAGGAUGAAAAAUCUUCAGAUCACCAAAGCGUCACAAAAGAGCCUAGACGAUACAGAAUCAACGAAUCAGAAUGCAGAGACCGAGCCAUCUAUGAUUACAGAGAAUGAUGUGCUUUUGAAUGGAGUGGUUACGAAACUUGGAGAACAGAAAUCAGAGCUAAAGCUAAAACUGACCCAGAGAGAUGAGGAGAUAAGACGUUUAUCUGCUGAAAAGGAUGAACGUCUGAAAGAGGUAGAAAAUGUGCUGAAGGAGCAAAUCCGAAAUCACGAGAGCCUGAUUCAAACACACAGACAGGAGAUGAGUGCACUGAUUGUAGAAAUCACUUGUUUAAAAGAGAAACUAGAGGAGGAGAGAAACCUCAAAGUAGUGCAAGAUCCAAUUCAGGUUCGAGACAGUUCUUCUUUGUCAACAGAACCAUCAUCGCCAUCAGAUUUUGGGACAAAAAAGAAAAACAAGGCAGCUGAGAUAAUCCAGAAACACUGGCGCUCACACCGUAAACGGGAUCUAGUUCUCUUGCAGUCCUGUCUCAGAGGACAUCUGAUCAGACAGAGGCAUCUGGAGGGACAGAAGCAAGCUGACCUGGGAACUGUCCCUGCUUCCAUGAGCCAAUCAGGUAAGAGCACUCAAGCUGUACAGGAAGAAGAAGUGACUCUACUGCAGUCGGUCUUUAGGGCUCAUCUCAAACGCAGCACUAUGAACACGGACAGGGCACAGUCUGUAUCUUCCAUACAUCAGAACAAGCAGCAUGUGUUACCCGCAGGAUCCUCUCAGGCCGUGUUCACAAGCAAAACCCAAAGCUCAGGCGUGAAGAUCCACCAACAGGAACCAGCCACCGAAAUCCCAAAGAGCGUUGAUUCAGACGACUCUGAUGAUAUCAUCGUGUCUCCUUCAAGACCACCGAGGAAAAAAGAACAGCCUUUCAGUUGUUUUCCUUUCAGUGCCGAUGACUUGAUUUAGCUCCUUUUCAGCUUUUUGGUUGAUUCAAAGGCUGCAUUUUCUCUCAUAACAUGGAACACACAUUAUUAGCUGAACAAUGGGAAAUUGAAACAAGCAAAUAAGGACUUGUAUUGGCAAUAAUCACUGUUCAGAGGUUGAUAUUUAUUUGAUUUUUAAGAUUUUAACACUUUAUUUCCUUCUGUUAAGAUCAUAUACUUUUAACUAUAAAUAAGGGACACAUUUCUUAAAGGGAUAGUUCACCCAAAUUAAAAAUAUACCAAGGUUUAUGAGCUUUGUUUAUUUGUUGAACAUAAUAGAAUAUACUUUGAUGAAUGAUGGAAACUGGUAGCCAUUGACAUUCAUAGUAAGAAAAUAAUGUACAAUAGAAGUCAAUGGUUACUGAUGUUCAUCAUUUAGGUUUGGAACUAGUCAAGGGUGAGUAUAUGAUGACAGAAUUUUCAGUUUUUGGGUGAACUAUCCCGUUUAAACUUUGUCUUCACACUCCAAAAGUGCCUUUUGCUGAAUGAUCAUGUUUCAAUGAGGAUCAGGGAUUUAAUGCUGUUUGUUUACUUCUCAUUGUAGAUUAAAUGACAUACAUUACUCUAAACAUUACAUCCUCUGUAAGGUCUAUUUAAGCCAUUGUGUGCUUUUAAUGUGCAACUCAGAUUGGUACAAAACUGCUGUGAAUUUCCACAUGUAUAGUGUAACUUUUAAUUGCAUAUGAAAAACAUACAGGAAAUUCUGUUUAAUGCUGUCAGUGUAUUUCGCUGGAAAUGUUUCUAAACAAUAGUAGCACUGAAAAAACUUUAGAUUUGGUUGAAACUGAGUUUGCUCUGAGAGUAUGUAGUGUUUUGUGGGAUUGUGCUUGAAUUUGUGUUAUAUCUUUCUUUAUUAAAUCUGUUUUCUCUGCUCUUUUGACAUUUGUGAGAGGGAAAAUGUCUUCAUUCUUGUCUUGACUAAACGUUUUGUUUAAUAUCUGAUUUUUAUUUAUUUAACUCCACACAAAGUUCAAUUCUCAAUAAAUAUUCUCAAUAAAACUUCUUUUAUAAGUAAA